CAUUUCCCAAACAAUUUAGAGUAUUCAUGAGGUUACGCAAAUGUGGAGGCAGCAAAAUUACCGUAAUCAAUUGAAGCGGCGAGCAUGCGUCCGUCCACAGCUCUGAUUACCCGGAGAUCAGCCUGAUGUGAAUGUCACAAGGAGAGGAGCUGUUAAAUUGCUGUUGAAUUUGGGUGAGAAGUCUAUGAUCAUUGGGCAAGUGAGUCUGCACAGAGAUAAUAGGGCAGAUCAGUGGACCAGGAAAGUGCUGGUGGCACAUUAGCUAUCUGACUUCGAUUCAAAGCUGCUGUUUUACAGAAAGACCAAACCUGUAUUAUCCAGAAUAAGCCGUGUGUGUCCAUACUCAAAUAGUUAUUUCUUCCCAACAAGGAGAAAAAGAAGGAGAAAUCUUUGCAGAGGAUAAGAGACUAUGGAAGUCCGCUACAGCCAAGACUCGGAGUCCGGAAUGUUGGUGAAGAAUGGACUAAAAGAGGGGAAAGAGGGAAAGGAUUCCCAGGGGAACAUUUCAAAAACGUUCCUGAAGGACCAGCAGGAGUCCUUCUCUCCAUCCGAACCGGUGGAAAACUGCGAAAAGAGCCGGACGAGCUCAGCAGAUCCUGAUUACUGCCGGAGGAUUCUAGUUCGGGAUGCCAAAGGUUCGAUUCGAGAGAUUAUUCUCCCCAAGGGUUUGGAUCUAGACCGACCAAAGCGUACUAGGACCUCGUUCACAGCAGAACAGCUGUACAGACUGGAGAUGGAGUUUCAGCGGUGCCAGUAUGUUGUGGGACGAGAACGAACCGAACUUGCCCGACAACUUAACCUAUCUGAAACUCAGGUAAAGGUGUGGUUCCAGAAUCGUCGCACUAAGCAGAAGAAGGAUCAGGGGAAGGAUUCCGAGCUGCGCUCCGUGGUCUCUGAGACAGCCGCCACCUGCAGCGUCCUGCGUCUCCUGGAGCAGGGCCGGCUCCUCACUCCCCCAGGCCUGCCAGGGCUGCUGCCCCACUGCGGGAGCUCGUCGCUAGGCUCAGCCCUGCGUGGGCCGUCCCUGGGCAUCACCGCUAAUGGAGGUUCCUCCAGCAGCAGUAGCAGCAGCGCGGCCAGCUCAGGCACAGCCGGGGGGAGCCCACCGCUGCCGACGGUGACCAGUUCGGGGACAGUCACAGGGCUGCAGGGAUCUCCGCCUGCCCACGGGCUGUUUAGCUUCCCUAUGCCCUCUCUGCUCGGGUCGGUCGCUUCACGCAUCUCCUCCACCCCGCUCGGCAUGGCCGGAUCCCUCGCGGGGAACUUGCAGGAACUUUCCGCCCGCUACCUGAGCUCGUCCGCCUUUGAGCCCUACUCGCGGACCAAUGGCAAAGAAGCGUUAGACAAGAAAGUUUUGGAAUGAUCGCUAGGGGUUUCUUUUUGUCGGUUUAUUGUUGUUGUUGUUGUUUUGAAAUUAGUUUGAGCUCUGGUUAUCUCUCUUUUUUUUAAUCGCUUUUGCCCCUUUUGUCUCAUCAGUGCUGUUGUGUUUCCAAUCUUGCGUUUUUCAUGUCGUCAACCUGCACACUUGAUGCCUCUCAUUAUUGUAAAAAGGUGGACUCAUACUUUUCAAAAAUGAGGAUUUUCAGAGCAUUUUGCACUAAAUCAAAUUUUCUCCAAUUUGACACAAAUGAGAGCUUGAGGAAGGAAUGUAGCAAGAGAUUAUGGAGGGGAAGAGAGAUGAAAAUGGUUGCUGAGGCAAUAUUUUCGGGGCACUUUUUUUCCCUUAUACCUUUUUUGGAGCUGGACAGUUAUAUUCAGAUUAAAAACUAAUCUGAAAGCUGCUGGGUAAAAACAAAACCGUACAGAACAUAGACCCCCGAUAAAAACUGAACUCACGGCAACAUCCUUCAUGUUUUCAGUUGGAA